AUGGCAACAAGAGUAGAAAUAAAUUCUACUUUGGCGUCUUUGACGACAGUACCUGACUUAAGUGAAAUCAGAAAUGAGGAUAAAUCCCAGCGUGUGUAUGUAAGUGUGCUUUCAGAUGCGAGUAACAAGACAAAGGAGGCUUCAGCAUCACUAACUCUUGAAGAGAAGAACAAGUUUGGGAGUACUUUGAGAUCUGCAACAAUGCCGUCGCUAGGAUCAAGGCCAAGACUUUUCCCAAAGCCUUUUUCUAAAGAGAAAUCUUCAGAUACUUUUGCAAAUGUAAAACCACCUGUUCCAGCUUUCAGAUCAAGUAGUCUUAUUAGAAAGGCCACAGAAGAAAUGUCAUCUGUUAAGGGAUUAAGUGGAAAUGUUCCUCCGUUAGUAGAUCAGAAGGUGAUUGAAAAUGAAAAUAAGGCUGGCAGAGAAGUAGUCACGAACAUGACUUUCUACACCGGUCCCAGUGCAAAUACUGUUAUUCUUUUUGAGAGAGCAAGCACAGAGGCAUCAAAGGGAAGCCUGGCCCAGGAAAAAAGGGCUGCUGAUGAGCACAGAGUGUUCAGUACUACGCAAACGAAAGAGCUUCAGUGCAGUGCAAAGCUGGAGAAACCAUCUCAGCCAGCUGAGACCUCCAGGAAUACUGAAGGGUCUCUUCAUAGGCAGAUAUCGCUUUCUUCCAGUCUUAGACCAGUCUCCUGGAACUCCCUCAAAACUGGUGAAAAGAAAGAUGCUUGUGGAUGUCAUCCAGGGGAGAAGAGCAAUGAUGAUGCAAAUAAUACCAACAAUAAAGCUGAUUUCUCUCCUGAUGCGCAGCAGCGGCCAAAACAUAGACCAGUAUCUGCUAUUUUUCUGGAAUCAUUACGAGAUCAAAGGCAUCGCACUGUGGAAGCUUCUGAGGAAAAGUCUCCUACAGAGAAGUCCUGGGUUAGAAAACCGAGGCCUUUGUCCAUGGACCUGACAGCGAAGUUUGAACAGAAAGAUCUUUCUUCUUGCAGGAAGACUUGUUUGUCUCAUGAAAGCAAGGAGAACGUACCUGUCACUUCUCUUACUGAUGUGGGCUGUCACGGUCAGUCUGAAAUGGGGCCAAAAACUGAAGAAACUGAAUUUAGUAAAGACAGUUCUCCUAAAACAAACUUGAAGUGCAGUAGUAAGGACAUUGGCAUCCUAAAUAAUGGAAAAUACGUGUGGGAAACGAAGCUUAAAACUAAAAGUGAACAAAUUGAGACAAAACCAGAAAUAAUGGCUAACUUGCAAAGUUCUGAAAGAAGCCAUGAAAGCACCACUGAAAGCAGAACUGACAAGGAGGGGAGAGGACCGGGUCAAAAGGAAACAUAUAUGUUUCUAGGCUGUGAAAGCCCUGCGGGUUCCUCGGAAAAAGAGAACAAUAUCGUAAGAGGUAGCGUUAAAAAACACAUCAGUUUGUUUACUUCAGAAAAUCCCAGUACCUCAGUGGAUCCAGAACUCCAGUCAGCUGCUGAGGGGGAGAACAAGUGUGUGAACAUCCAGCAGAGGAUCAAAGAGCUGACAACAGAAAAUACUGAUGUUAAGCCGGGAAAUGUGCGCAGGUCACUUCAGUCACGACCACUUUCUGCGGACUUAACAAAGAUGUUUUCGAGUCCGACAUCAACCAGUGAAGCAAAGCCUGAGAAACCUGCUGAAACUAGAAAUGACUUUGACAAUGAAAUACAAGAAAAUCAAAAAAGUAAGGAGAUCAAGCUUACCCAUGGCACAGAUUUCACUGAAUCCCAUGCUACUGGGAACCCUUGGAAACCCCGGCAGGUUUUAAAAAUAACAAAUAAACUUGAUCAGAUAGAGAGGACAGGAAGCUUCCUUGGAGAUGGUCAGCGUUUUUCUCACCAAAGCGAAAAUACCGUCUCGUUCACAAGCAACUUGGAAAAAAAAUUAAAACCAACCACCCUUAUGGAAAAGACCUACAUCAAAACUGUCCGAGCCACCAUGUUUGACCAUAAUGUUCAGAGGCACAAUGUUGCUGCUGGUCAUCCUGGAACUGAUGCUGCACUGAAAGUGAAUAAGGAGCUGGAGGCAAAGCAUGAUGUGGGGACUUCGGGGCACAGCAGACGGUCGUGGAUGGGAGAAGUGGAGGAAACUACUAGUGUGAAGAAGGAGUAUCACAAGCAAUCUGAUUCAUCAAAACAUAUAGCAGAUGUAGAAAAAAGUGGAAAAGCAGCUUUUUCAAGUGAAGACAAGAAAAUGACUCCGGGAAUUCUCUUAGAAAAAUCGGUGGUUGAGAAAAGUGAAAAACCUACUCCUAAAAAUGCAGAAGACUCUCUAGUUUACCAAAGAAUAGAGCCAAGGUACGAAAUCUUCCAGACGUGUGGUGAAAGAGCUCUUAGUGAAGCCAUUACAAUGGCUCCUGAAAAAAAGGCCAUGACACUCAGAACUAGAAAAUCAUCUGUGAAAGAGAAUAAAAACAGUGAGGAUGUUUUACACCCUGGCCAGUCAACUAGGACAACUAGUAAAACUCUCUACUUGAAAGAAGAUAACAUAACUUCAGAAGCUAGAGACAUGAAGGGUUUUACGAGCAAGUCUGUGUUGAGAGAACCUACUGAGCUUUUCUCCAGUGAAUGCACUUUACCUGAAAAGAAAAAAGAUUUUGAGAAAAAUGAAACUGAUCCAAAAUUAGUAGCUGAGAAAAUACCUUAUUCUACAAACAAAAGCAAAUAUUUGGGAAUGAAUGAAAAAGUAAACCAACUACACUCUGAAAUUAAAAAUGAUAAGAGUGAAGUCUCUUCUGUAGAUAAAGCAGAGAGGUCUAAUAUUAUGAAAUGCUCUUCUGAGAGGAGGAGUUUUAGACCAGGUGGCACAGACAGCUGCGAAUUCAGAACCAACUUUGAUCAUGAAGUUACUUCAACAAGUGUAAAUAAACAUGGGGUCCAGUCUUCUUCCCUGCUUUCAAGUGGGCAAUUCUGUAAAUCUUCCAGUAGCCACCAUCCUGAUACAAAAGUACUGACCAUCAGUAAAGAGGAAUCGAGGGUCUCUGGUUUAAGGAAAAGUCUAGACUUAAACUGCAAAGAACAAGACUUCAGGUUAGAUAGUACAACUCAUGAAACCAGUGAAAAAAUCAAAGUAAUAGAUCCCGAAGAAAAAGUCAGAAGAACCAGAAGUAGCGUUUCUGACUUGAAGAUUUCUGAAAGGUGGAGAAGAAGGACCUUGCCUCAGGAUUCUGUCAAGACAGAAGAUGUGGUGUGGCUCACCCCUGAGAAUACCAGAAGGCUAAGUCGGACAGAUUCAUUGCAAUUGGAUGACAGUUCCUUUAAAAAGAGAAGCAAAAAAAGCACUGAAGGGCUGGAAGGGAAUGAGGCAAACCAAACUGCUCUUGGCAGUCCCAGUGAUCACUUGAAAAAUCACAGUUCUGCCAUUGAGCCAAAGGCAACGUAUUUUGCAGUGACUUAUCAGGUUCCUGGUAACAAGAAAGAGAAAAGCUUUGCUGGUACUCCUAGUGCAAGUGAAACUAAUGCAAUUUCAAGCUCAAGUGAGGGAGCAACAAUUAAUCUGGACCCUGUUUUUCCUGGAAGGUCCAAACCUUUAUUGCAGCAGCCAAAUAAAAAUAUGACGAGUACGAAUUGUAGAGAGGACUCACGAGAAGUGCAUAUUAACAAGGAUUGGGUCAAAGAAGAAGAAAAAGGUGAUACUUUUUCCAAAAACAUUGCAUUUAGUAAUUUUCGUGUGUCUAGGAAAGAUAACCAACAGCAUCAUGAAAGAGGUCUGGAUCAUUCUAAAGAGAGAAUUAUAGAUGUUGAUGCUUUCCUAUUAAAACAGGAUCUGGAAAAUACAACUGAAACUGAUCUUACAAGUAGCAGAAGAAAAGUCUCCUCGUACCAUGAACCCAAACCCCCCCUGCGUUUUGCACAGUUACAUAAAGACAGUGAACUGGUUCCCUCGAAAAGUAGUGAAAAUAAUUAUGAUUUAUCUGUAAGGAAGGCUGGGGAUCGUUACAGAUCCCAAAUUCUUGACAUCGAUGCGCUUAUGGCAGAAUAUAAAGAAGAAUCAGUCAAGGCCAGUAACAUGCAAGACAAGCUCUCUGAAGAUCACAGUGUAUUCAGUAGGGAGAAAUCAAAGAACAAAAGAAAUGUGUCAGAGAGGACAACUUCUUUAGAGUGGAAGGGAUCAGAUCAUUAUUCUGUUAAUAUCAAAGAAGCUGGCUAUGCAGAAGAGUAUCACAGGCCAGAGAAAUUAAUUCUAAAUGAAAAGAGCAAAGAGAAACUGGAAUCCUGUGGCACUGAAUUUGAUAAACAAAAGUCCAAAGACAGAAAGUUCAGCCCUCCUUACUGGGGAAAUCCUAGCAGCUUCUUUUCAGAUAAGUUUGUAAAUUCACCCGUGGAGUUCCCUAGGAAAAAGACUUUCAUCGUUGAUGAGGAUGAAGAAGUGAACUUAAUGUCCAGGAGUCAAAGUUCAGAAUCGGUAGGUGAUAAGGUACAGCCUAUAAAUGCAGUUGGUACAGACCAAAGGUUGGAAGUUAAUUUUUCUUCCAGGUUGUCCAUAAAGGCAGAUGGUGGCCUCGUACAGAGGAAGUUGGUCACAAAAGAACAGUUCUUGGAGGUGUCUCCAGAAAGCGAUUGGAGCAAAAAUGUAGGAAGAAGCUCUUUAGCAAGGGACAGAGACAGUGCAAACAAGGUGACAUGUGAGAAUGACUCUUCCAAUGUGAAAAGCAAAACUGAUUGGAAGAGCUACACAUCUGGCUUAGGAAGUGCAGCCCCAGAUUUGAGACGAUCCUAUUCAGAAAAGAGCCGCCAAGGAAAAGACAAUCUACUGCUUAUGCAAGAGGCAAGGGGAAGAAAGGAUCUGCAGCGAUCCAGGCAAAGCUUCCCGUUGGGAAGUGCGGAUGAUGGGUGGAAAUACAAGACGUCAUUGCAGUCAGAAUCUUUCUUCCACGAGGAUAAAAAGGUUUCUAGGAAAGAGUGGACCAAGCAGAGUUUGGACAAAACAGACGGAGCAGAUGUUUCAUUGGUUUCUACUCAGAGAAGCCGCCACAGUUUUCAUAAGGACAGAAGGGCUGAUAGCAGGACGGUGAAGGGACUGCUGACUAACUUGCGUGGCAGCUACAAUCCAGAGCUCUCCGACUGCUAUUUCGGGGGGCUACCGACUCGCAUGGAGCCUGAAACCACCUAA